AUGAUGGAUUUUGAUGAGCGUGGUCCCUGCUCCUCUAACAUGUAUUUGCCAAGUUGUACUUACUACGUCUCGGGUCCAGAUUUCUCCAGCCUCCCUUCUUUUUUGCCCCAGACCCCGUCUUCGCGCCCAAUGACAUACUCCUACUCCUCCAACCUGCCCCAGGUCCAACCCGUGCGCGAAGUGACCUUCAGAGAGUACGCCAUUGAGCCCGCCACUAAAUGGCACCCCCGCGGCAAUCUGGCCCACUGCUACUCCGCGGAGGAGCUCGUGCACAGAGACUGUCUGCAGGCGCCCAGCGCGGCCGGCGUGCCUGGCGACGUGCUGGCCAAGAGCUCGGCCAACGUCUACCACCACCCCACCCCCGCCGUCUCGUCCAAUUUCUAUAGCACGGUGGGCAGGAACGGCGUUCUGCCACAGGCUUUUGACCAGUUUUUCGAGACAGCCUACGGCACCCCGGAAAAUCUCGCCUCCUCCGACUACCCUGGGGACAAGAGCGCCGAGAAAGUGCCCCCAGCGGCAGCUGCGACCUCCGCUGCGGCGGUGGCUGCGGCGGCCACGGGCGCGCCGGCAACUUCAAGUUCGGACGGCGGCGGCGGCUGUCGGGAGGCGACGGCGGAGGAGAAGGAGCGGCGGCGGCGACCCGAGAGCAGCAGCAGCCCCGAGUCGUCUUCCGGCCACACUGAGGACAAGGCCGGCAGCUCCGGUGGCCAACGCACCCGCAAAAAGCGCUGCCCUUACACCAAGUAUCAGAUCCGGGAGCUGGAGCGAGAGUUCUUCUUCAGCGUCUACAUCAACAAAGAGAAGCGCCUACAAUUGUCCCGCAUGCUCAACCUCACCGAUCGUCAAGUCAAAAUCUGGUUUCAGAACAGAAGAAUGAAGGAAAAAAAAGAUUAA